AUGUUGAAAGGGCGAGGUAGGGAUCCCAGAGCCGCGGUGCCCCCCACACCGACUAUGUCGAUACGGUCGGCAACGCAUCGGCCGCCAUUGACCAAGCCCGAACCGGACUACGAGGUGGUCGAAUUCCCUUCGGAACAAUACGUCAAUGCGAAACUGCAGCCGCCGCCACCGCCACCACCACGACCGCCCACAGGCCACCCCCUGGAGGCUUCGUGCGGCUUAUGUGGCGGUGGCGGAGCCAGGGUUCGCUGUGCUGAAUGCGGCCGACGUGCUCUCUGUGCCUCCUGCGAUGACAUGUACCACCGGCAUCCCAAACGCCGCCACCACCAGCGCCAGGCUCUGUCUCUAUCUCAACUGCGUGAUGAACGUCCUCCUCUACCACCGAAGACUGGUCCACCCGUACCUCCGCCACGGAAACACAAGAUUAGUGGCGACAGGUCGAGUGCCAGCCCUAGGCUGCCCCCGCCGGAUCAUCGCCGCGUAACCCUGAACUCGAUGUCACAAAAUCAGAUAUCCGGGAUGCACGCGCCAGCUGCGCCGGUGUCCAACCCAAACCACUUCACACAACGGGCCCAACAUCCGACUAUGCCCGCGCAUCUCCAAAUGAACGUAGCGCAAAACGCCCAUGCGAGUCAUCUCGGCAGCUUGCCAUAUCUGUCUGCGACGAUGCAUCACACCCCGGCACCUGUCGUAUCAACGCAGGAGCAAUCUAACACUCUUGGACACGUGCCUAACGCUUGGGGCCGUCAGCGGGCGUCAUUGCCCGGAUUUAUACCACCGAACAUGUCUAUGAUACCGGGAGAGCCUUGGGACACAUCAGAAAACGCUCAACCAUCCACCCAAUCGUGGGGCCGGCCAUUAAGGAGGGGGACAUCCGUUAUGGAAUUGGGUGUAGGACCUCCUGCAAAUCCCAGCUGCGCGGGAUGCAGCCAUUGCAUGGGGCAGCCAUGGCGGUACGGGAGCUGCGCUAGCCUCGACCACAACUGGGUCGGCCCUUGGCCCCCGACUUGUUGCGUCGGCCCCCAUCCACAUCAAAACGCUCGGGUACCGGUGCACCCACAUGCGCAUCCACCACAAACGCCGCAACCGUAUCGCAGAGCCGACAGCCGAGCGGUAUCACGAGCGGCAUCGCGGGCUGGCUCCCGAGCGGCGUCGCCAGCUAUGAGUGUUCGGUCGCGAACCUCACGGCGCCCUAAGCACCGCACGCCUUCGCCGCCCCCCCUCCCCUCCAGCGACGCAGAUUCAGAAAGCGAGUUGGGGAGCGACGGCAGCCACGUUAAUGAGGAGGACCAUCUGGGCCCGCCGCCGCCGCCGCCCAGCGCAACCUGGCAGUGCGAGCAUUGCACCUUCGUCAACGAACCGGGAGUACGAGUCUGUGUCGUGUGCUGCAGAACCCCUACUAUCACGCCGAAAAUAAUCAACGCCGCCGCCGUCAAAAGCGGAAUGAGACAAUUGAAAAUCUCUGAUAAUAGAUCUCCAUCAAUCGCACGAUCGACUCUAGAAGAACCUGUUGUUAAAAAUGGGGAAGAAAAAUCUAAAACAAAAAAAAUUAAAGAGCGAACAUCAACAGCAUGUGGCCCGUCUCCACCUAAAGAGGAGAGAGUUCAAAAACCAUUAAGCAGGCUAGCGACGCCUGCGCGAGAUGAAACCGCCAGUAUAAUAGAAAACCGUCAAACACGACACGAUAUGGCCGUGGGUCCUUCACCCCCUAAGGAAAUCCAGACAAAGACUCAGAGUAAUGACGUUCCCAAAACAUCAUCCACAAAGAUUAGAUCAUCGCCGUACAGACACAAUGUGUCUGAAAACGAAGAGCCUACUCGUCAUAGUAUAUCAGUCGGCCCGUCACCACCUCGCGAUCAAACUAAAAUGUCCUACAACCAAACAUCAUCGAACAAUAAAAAAAAGUCCACUGGCACGUCACCACCGCGAGAAAAUCGUAUUGACACACCGUCGAGUCUUCGUUCCUCUACAUCAAGCCGGGCAAAUGUGUCUAAUACUGGCACUUCUCCCCCGCCUCAAAGCAUAUCAACGCAGACGUACGAAAUACCGAGUAGCCGUGAAUGGGAACGGGCCCCAUCUGCGACCCGUUCACGCGCUCGCCGCCGAAUCCGUGAAGAAGGCCGCCGCGAGCGCUCGCACAGCCGACAUUCCCUCUCCAGUGACACACGGGAGAGCGAGAGAAGUGUACGAACUGGUGGCGGCGGCAGCAAUUUGGGGCCGGGAAGAUGGGAGUGGCGCGAACCGCGCGACAGUAGCCCUGGGGCUGAGUGGAGUGGCAGUGAGCGGCGCCCUACCGAACGACUCACGCGUCGCGCCUCACACAUGGACCUCCGUCGUACGCGCUCCUCACGCCGCUCCAGCGUCUAUGGAUCUGAGGCUCCGUCACCUGAACCAUUCUCCGGAAACAGAGCGGUUUCGCUGGAAGCGUUGGCCGGCGCCGGUGUUCGGCGAGACACCGAAAGGGGAUUGGAACUGGCGCGGCUAAUGGGAGAAGCGGAGAAGCUCGGGUUCAGUGCAGCGGAAGUGCAUGCGGCCCUGGCCCAAAACCCCGCAGCGCCGUUGGCGUGGCUGCGCGAACGGUGGCCCAGCCUGUGCGCCGGAGUACGAGCGGCAGCAAUUCGGCUGGCACCCGGCUCUGUUAUCAGUGAGCGAGAAGCUCGGACAGCGCUAGCGAGACAUCGCGGUGCCAUGUGGCCUGCUGUCACCGAUUGCGUAGAAAAGUGGCGCCGGCAGGCAGAAACAUUAGGCGUUGGGAGUGAGGGUCGCAUGCGCGGUCACGUCUGGGGCUCACCAACUGGCGUGGAGGACGAUGCAGUGCCACCCAUCGACCGCUCACACCGCAUGCGCGCCGAAGAAAGUUCAGAUGAGCUUGAAAUGAUGCCCCCAGCAAUAAUUCCAGACGACGACUGGAUUGAAAAUAAAAAUCAUUCCCCUCCUAAAGAAGUUUCUCAAAUGGAGAAAAAUCAGUUCUUUCGGGAAACCUGUCGCACUGAAGACGAAUGGACAGAUAGUGAUUCCGAAAAUAAUCAAACAUCCUAUUUGAAGAAAAAUGAAGAGCCUGAAACCACCCCAUUAUCACCACCUCCACCAAUAACAAUGCGGCGAAUAUCGGGGCAACUAAUCGACUUGGCUACAAUUCGACUACCGGAAGGAUCACCUGAGAGGCAGGCGCGUAUGCUACUUGCUGAGGGUGCAACUGAGAAUUGGGAUCAAGCACAGCUUGCAGUAGAAUUAAUAUCACGCGGCAUUCAUCCACCAUCAGCGCUGCUUGCAGCACUAGAAUGUGCUGAUCUUAACUCUGCUCUAGCCUACUUACACCAAGAUUGUGAAUUAUGCGCUUCACGUCUUCCAGAAUAUGAGAUGGUGUCUAUGCUACGUUGUACUCAUAGAUGUUGUCGAGAAUGCGCCCGCCUCUACUUUACAGUCCAGAUAACUGAGCGAAGUAUAGCGGACUGUGUAUGUCCAUAUUGUAAAGAGCCCGAAUUAGAAAACCUUCCAGAAGACGCUUGGUUGGAGUACUUUGCACAUUUGGACAUUUUGUUAAAGACUUUAUUAGAAACAGAAGUGCACGAGCUGUUCCAAAGAAAGCUAAGAGACAGAACUCUCGCACGUGAUCCUAAUUUCAAGUGGUGUGUUGAGUGUUCAUCAGGAUUUUUCGUCCAUCCGAAGCAAAAGAAAUUGCGAUGUCCCGAGUGCAAAUCAGUGAGCUGUGCUUCAUGCAGGAAACCGUGGUCUCACAAUCACGAGGGUCUAACAUGUGAACAAUAUACGGUGUGGCUAGAAGAUAAUGACCCUGAAAGAUCAGUAGCUGCAGUACAGCAACAUUUGCGAGAAAAUGGUUUGGAGUGUCCUCGGUGUCAUUUCAAGUAUUCACUGUCUAGAGGUGGUUGCAUGCAUUUCACGUGCACGCAGUGUAAAUACGAAUUUUGCUACGGAUGUGGUAAACCGUUUAUGAUGGGAGCACGAUGUGGGCUCAGUGAAUAUUGCGCCAAACUGGGCCUCCACGCACACCAUCCACGUAAUUGCCUUUUCUAUUUGCGAGACAAAGAACCACACGAACUGCAAACGCUGUUACAGAUGAAUAAUGUUACAUAUGAAACUGAGCCGUCUGAAGGGAGCACAGGCCGUUGUCCUAUACAAUUACAACGGGAAACACCAACGGGUCUCGUAGAUGGUCCUUGCGGAAGCGAGUCAUCGCCAAAUAAUGCGGGAUUAUGCAAGAAUCAUUAUCUGGAGUAUUUGAGCCGGCUGGUGAGAAGUCAGAACAUCGAUCCGCUGCCUAUCCUGGGAGUAGACGACCUUGAAACUCUAGUUCGUCGCGCUGCCUUGCGUCUGCCACCGCGACCCUACGGCACACUGGAGGGUCUCUACAAGAGGGCCCUUAUCGAGGUGUGUUCACGCCAGCUUUUCUUACAGGAUACACUACGUGGAGUACCUGGCUGGGCUGGCGCGAAACCU